AAUGUUGUUGAUUAAGAAAUCACUCUUAUCUCUUCAACUUAUAUGUCGUUCACACAUUCUAAUGUAGUCUCUCUCAAAGCAGGUAAUGGAGAAAAAGUCAUCUCAAAUUUCAUUUACACUUAUACAACUAGCAUCCCAAGUUUAGCAGUUGAAGAUAUUAUCCUUGAAUUCAAAAAUUUACAUGCUGAGUUGGAGCUUAAGCUAGCAUCGUCCCAGUACCAUAAUCUCAUUAAGUACUGUUGUGAGUUAUUUAAGGUACAUGCUGCACUAGAUAUGGUUGAUCAAAUGUUUGAAGGAGGUAUGAAAUUAUCGUUGGAGACAUUGAAUUCCAUACUAGAAGCCUGCGAUAAAAGUUGUGAGUAUCAGUUGGUAGGUUAGCUUGAAUCUCUUUGCUUUUUGCUGUUUUAGUUCAUGAGCUUAAUAUGUGAGUUCUCGUGUAGUUUGGGCUAGGGCAUAUAAAUUAUAUGAGAUUUAACUGUCACAUGUGUUCCUUGGUUGUUAUCAUAAAUUUGCUAUCAUGUAUAUAUAGAUAGAAUACAGGUUGGAUGCUCAAUGCUGAACUUGGAUAAAGAAUCACAACAUCCUAGGCAACAUGUUUAUACGAAAAACUAAUGUACUAAAAUAGUUAGUGAAGGACUAAACCCUUGGAGUCGUUGCACUUUAGCACUGGUCAUGGCAUUCAAAAAAUUAUGGUAAACAAAGACCAGAUGGCCGCUAAAGUGCAUAGAGAAGGAUUUUGUUCACUUGAGGAUUAGCCACCUCUCCGUUAUUUCUCUUUGGUGCACCUAUGAGGUUCGUGUAUGUUUAGAAGAUUUGGUGUCAUCCAUAGAAAAUCAUAUCCUUUCGUAAGGUUUUUAUUUUUUGGUAUAAUUCGUGUAUAUAGGUGUUUUUUGUCCUGCAUUAAUAAGAUUUUAUGCCAUUGCCAAGUGUGCACUACGAAGUUAUUUUAUGCGGUUAAUGUCAAUUGUCAGGGCAAAAGAAAGAAUUAGUUCUCCUCCUCAAAAGAGAAGAGACUUAUUUCUCUUAUAAGCAACAAAGUUAGAGUCUCCAAAUAGGUUUAAGUAUUAAAUAGCAAAUGGACUUCACAAAUAUUGAUCCUUGUCUUAUUGUGCCCGAAUAAGUACUAAGUUUAUGAUGUGAUAUAAAAUAAAAGGUAAAGUCUUCAUGGCACUGAUAGAUUCUUCUGUUGAAUUUAGCCUGUGCGUGUUCUCUUAUUCCUUCAUUGUCAACUGACAUUUAUUAC